GGGAACAGGGCCGAGCGGGGCCAGGGAGGGCUCUCGUUUCCAGUCUCUCCGAGGGGCUGGGGCGAGUCUGCACACGGAGCCGCCCGGCUGGGAUCGGAGCCCCAAGCGGCCGGGGGAGCGGGCCUGAGCCAGCGCUGAGGAUGGAGAAGAGACGCCCGGGCGCGCAGGGUCCCUCGAGGGUCGUGCUCCUGCUUCUGCUCCUGCUGCGCGGCACGGCCCGGGCGCAGGCAGCCGAGCCGGUGGAUGUGCUGCGGGCGCUGGGGGUGCAGGACGGCAGGGACGGCGUCUCCAUUGCGGCUGGGAUCUGCACCCAGCGGCGCGGGGCCGAGGAGAGCGACUUUGCCUUCCGCCUGGAGAACAACACCCAGCUCAGCGCCCCCACUCGCCAGCUCUUCCCAGAUGGCCCCUUCCCCGAGGAUUUCUCCAUCCUGGCGACGCUGCGGGCCCGGCGGGGCAGCCAGGCCUUCCUGCUGUCGCUGUACGACGAGCGCGGGGUGCAGCAGCUGGGCGUGGAGAUCGGCCGCUCGCCCGUCUUCCUUUACGAGGACCAGGCCGGGCAGCCGGCGCCAGAGAGAUACCCGCUCUUCAGCAGGGUCAGCCUGGCCGAUGGCAAGUGGCACCGCGUGGCGCUGAGCGUGGAGGGCACCAACGUGUCGCUGCUGGUGGAUUGCGAGGCACCCGUGACGCUGCCUCUGGAGCGUGGGCCCCGGCCCGUCGUCAGCACCGCAGGCGUCACCCUGCUGGGGACCCGGCUGCUGGACGAGGAGGUGUUCCAGGGCGAUGUCCAGCAGCUGCUGAUCUCUCCGGACCCCCAGGCAGCCCUGCACUACUGCGAGACCUACAUGCCCGGGUGCGACGUGCCACUGCCUUACGGCCUGCUGGGCCUGUACCCUGAGGAGAGUGGGCCGGAGCCCACGGCUGCCCCCGCCCGGCGGAAGGGCAGGAAGGGCAAAGGGAAGGGCAAACGCAGGGGCAAAGGCAAGAAGAAGAGGAACAAGGAGCAGGCGGAGCAGCAGGACACCGCACCCACCGCGGGGCCGGGCCAGGAGGCCCCGACCCAAGCAGCCCCUGCUCUGGAGGCGACCCCGUCUGGGGAGGAGCACGUCACCCCGCUGCCCGGGACCGCCCCUGCCAGCACUGUGACCAUCAGCCUGAACCUGCCCGAGGCCUACGAGGAUCUGGGAGAGGAGCACAGGAUCUGGGCGGAUGGGGACCCCGAGGCCAACAGCACCGAACCCCCCGACUACGCCCUGAGGGAGUAUGAGGAGUACGAGGACGGGGAGCCCCCGGGCCAUGACACCAGCCUGGAGCGCUACGGCUCUGCCGAGCGACGGGGAACCCUGGGACAGGCCACCCGGGGAGCCGGCCAGAAGGGGGAGAAGGGGGAGCCGGGCGUCAUCGAUCCCGGCCGGCGAUUCGAUGGGCCGCCGGGAGCCCCGGGCCCAGCGGGCGAGAUGGGCCCCCCAGGACCGGUGGGGCCGGCGGGGCUGCCGGGGGACCCUGGCGAGCAGGGCCCUGCAGGGCGGCCGGGGCUGCCGGGAGCCGACGGGGGACGGGGGCCUCCGGGGACCAUGAUCAUGCUGCCGUUCCAGUUCCAGUUCGGCGGCGACUCGCCCAAGGGCCCCACCGUGUCGUUCCAGGAGGCUCAGGCCCAGGCCGUCCUGCAGCAGGCCAAGCUCUCCAUGAAGGGACCCCCGGGCCCCAUGGGCUUGACCGGCCGGCCGGGCCCCCUGGGUCUCCCUGGAAAUCCCGGCCUGAAAGGGGACUCGGGAGACAUGGGGCCUCAGGGUCCGCGGGGGAUGCAGGGUCCAGUCGGCCCGCCGGGGAAAGGGGGCAAACGGGGUCGCUCUGGGGCGGACGGUGCCAGGGGCCUCCCGGGGGACACUGGACCCAAGGGAGACGUGGGGAAGCUGGGCCCCCCGGGCCCCCCAGGAGAGAACGGAGCCAAGGGCGUGAGCGGCAUGGACGGCGCGUCUGGGCCCAAGGGCAACUUGGUGAGAGUGGGCGGGGCCGACCCUGGGGUCCCGAAUGCCGUGCUAUCCCGGCACUGGGGGGCAUCUCUCUCUCCAUUGCAGGGUGACGUGGGGCCGCUGGGGCCGCGGGGGGAGGACGGCCCCGAGGGGCUGAAGGGCCAGCUGGGCCCCGUGGGGGAGGCGGGCGCCUCCGGCCUGGCGGGGGAGAAGGGCAAGCUGGGCAUGCCAGGCCUGCCGGGCUACCCGGGGCGCCAGGGCCCCAAGGGUUCUGCCGGCUUCCCGGGCCCCCUGGGGCUCGCUGGGGAGAAAGGAAAGAGGGGCAAGGCUGGACAGGCCGGGCAGGCGGGACAGCGUGGACCUCCGGGCCUGCCAGGGGAGCGAGGCCAGAUGGGGCCGACGGGGAAGCCGGGCCCGAAGGGCGACGCCAGCCAUGACGGGGCCCCCGGAACUGGGGGGGAGAAGGGUCCCCAGGGGUCACAGGGCCCCAACGGUUUCCGAGGUCCGAAGGGGCCGCCCGGCCCGGCCGGGAAGGACGGGCUGCCCGGACACCCAGGACAGCGCGGGGAGCCGGGAUACCACGGCAAGACCGGCCCCCCCGGCCCCACGGGGGUGGUGGGACCCCAGGGUAGCUCGGGCGAGACGGGCCCCAUUGGAGAGCGGGGGCAUCCGGGCCCCCCUGGCCCCCCUGGGGAGCAGGGGCUGCCAGGGGCUGCCGGCCGGGAAGGGGCCAAGGGUGACCCUGGCCCAUCUGGCCUGCCUGGGAAGAGCGGCCCCCCGGGAAUCCCUGGCUUUCCUGGCGCCAGGGCCGCGCCCGGCGAGGCGGGGCCGGCUGGCCUGAAGGGCAGGGAGGGGCCUCCCGGGCCCCCGGGCCCCACUGGCUCCCCCGGCGAGCGAGGCCCCUCGGGGGCAGCUGGAGGCAUCGGGUUGCCAGGCCAUGGGGGGGAGCAGGGCCCCCCCGGUCCCGCUGGAGAGAAGGGCGCCCCGGGCGAGAGGGGCCCGAUGGGCCCUGCCGGGCGUGAUGGGAUCCAGGGGCCCAGGGGCCUGCCAGGCCCAGCCGGACCCCCGGGCCCUGCGGGCGAGGAUGGCGACAAGGGAGAGCUGGGGGGCCCCGGACAGAAAGGGAGCAAGGGGGACAAGGGCGAGGCGGGCCCACCGGGACCGACCGGUAUCCAGGGACCCAUUGGGCACCCCGGCUCCGCGGGAGUGGAUGGAGAGCCCGGCCGCCGUGGGCAGCAGGGGAUGUUUGGCCAGAAGGGAGACGAGGGAGCGCGGGGAUUCCUUGGCUUGAGCGGCCCUGUCGGACUGCAGGGCAUGCCGGGCCCACAGGGUGAGAAGGGUGAGACCGGAGAUGUCGGCCCCAUGGGCCCCCCCGGUGCUGCGGGGCCACGUGGGGCACAGGGGCCUGCCGGCGGCGAUGGCCCCCAGGGGAUGCCAGGUGGAACGGGUCAGCCGGGCGCCGUCGGGGACAAGGGGGAGCCGGGCGAGGCGGGAGACCCCGGGGCCCCAGGGGAGCCGGGCCGGCCGGGUAUGAAUGGGGAGCUGGGGGAGAAGGGGGAUUCCGGGCUGUCGGGUGCCGCUGGGGCCCCGGGCAAGAGGGGGCCCCCAGGAGACGACGGAGCCAAAGGCAACCUGGGCCCCAUUGGCUUCCCUGGCGACCCAGGCCCCCCUGGAGACCCCGGGGUGCCGGGCCUGGAUGGAGCCCCCGGGGAGAAGGGUGACGGCGGGGACCCAGGCAUGCCGGGCCCGGCAGGCGCUUCUGGGGAACCGGGUCCCCCCGGUCCCCCAGGGAAGAGGGGUGCGGUGGGGCCAGCUGGGCGCGAGGGUCGGCCGGGCGAGAAGGGCGCCAAGGGCGAGCCGGGCACCGAGGGGCCUCCCGGGAAGAUGGGCCCCGUGGGGGUGCAGGGCCCCCCCGGCCGGGCUGGCUCAGAAGGUCUGCGCGGGAUCCCCGGUGCAGCCGUGAGUGCCAGCCUGGUGGGGCGCGAUGGGGGCGGGGGGGGGGCCGAACAUUCCCACUUCGGCACCCCAUGUUUACACCACUGCCCAGAGCGGAGUCCCGCAGGACAGACCCCCCCCCAGCUCCAUGGCACAGAUGCCCCCCCCUCAGCUAAACCCUCUGCCCCCCAGGGUCACGCAGGGCUCAUCGGACUCAUCGGCCCCCCAGGGGAGAUGGGGGAGAAGGGCGACCAGGGGCUGCCUGGCAACCAGGGGGUCCCAGGGCCCAAAGGAGACCCUGGCUUGGUCGGCCCCAUUGGCCCCCCGGGCCCUCCUGGAUCCCCUGGGCUCGCGGGGCCGCUGGGCCAGAAGGGCUCCAAGGGGUCGCCGGGAGCCCUGGGCCCCAGAGGAGACACAGGACCCCCUGGACUCCCAGGGCCACCGGGCCGCCCGGCGGAGCUGCGGGAGCCGCUGCCCGUGGAGGGGGUCCGGAAGAGGCGCCGAGAGGCAGAGGGGGAGCAGGGGGACCAGGCGGGGCCCCCCGACUCCGUGCCCGAGGGGCUGGAGGAGGUGUUCGCCUCGCUCAGCUCCCUGCGCACCGAGGUCGAGCAGCUGAGACGCCCCCUGGGGACCCCUGAGAGCCCAGCCCACGUCUGCAAGGAGCUGCAGCUGUGUCACCCCCACUUCCCCGACGGCGAGUACUGGAUCGACCCCAACCAGGGCUGCGCCCGAGACGCCUUCAAGGUUUUCUGCAACUUCACAGCGGGCGGCGAGACCUGCCUGUUCCCAGACAAGAGAUUCCAGAGUGUGCGACUGGCUGCCUGGAGCAAGGAGAAGCCGGGGAGCUGGUUCAGCAGCUUCAGGAGGGGCAGGAAGUUCUCCUACGUGGACGCGGACGGGAACCCGCUGGGCGUGACCCAACUGACCUUCCUGCGGCUGCUGAGUGCCGGCGCCCGCCAGAACUUCACGCUCAGCUGCCAGGACUCGGCCGCCUGGUUCCACGCCGGGGCCGCCAGCUACGCCCAGGCCCUGCGCUUCCGGGGGGCCGACGGCCAGGAGCUGGGGCACGACCACCCCGCGGCCCCCAUCCGCGCCCUGCACGACGGCUGCCAGCUGCGCCAGGGCCAGGCGCGCACGGUGCUGGAGGUGAGAUCGUCCCGCCCGGAGCCGCUGCCCCUGUCCGACGUGGCCGUGCCGGACUUCGGAGCCGCCAACCAGAAAUUUGGCUUCGAGCUGGGACCCGUCUGCUUCAUGGGCUGAGGGCGCCGGACGGAGCCCCCGAAGGACGCUCCCGGGGCCAGGCUGCCCCCCACCAGGCAGAGAUCUCUGGGGACCUGCUCCGGACUGCCGGGGGGGGCAGCUCCCAGGGCCACACUGCCCCCCCACGGGCACCCCCUCCUCACUGUCUCCAGGGCGCACUCAGGACCCUGCCGCUGGCCCCACCAGCCCCCAGCCCGAGCCCAGGGACCCCGCGGGACGUCCAGCCCUAUUAGGGCCGGUGCUGUGGGGCAGGCGGGCGGGCACCUCUCUGUGGCCUGAAGGGGGAGCAGGGCACGGACUGACCCCCCAUGGUGCUAUGAUACCCCCCCCGGAGCCUCUGUUAGCAACGCACUGGACACGUCUCUAGGCCGAACCCCCCCCCCCCCAAUGCCCAGCCGGGCGGGACAGGCCCUGGGGGCAAAGCAGCCCCCCCAGGGACUCGAUGACGCCCAGGCGAGGGGCCCGAUUGGGGGAUCCAGGCCCUGUCCCACUGAACAGACCAGCGCAGGGGCCCCCCAGCAGGGAGAGGCCUGGGCAGCCCAGGAGCGUCCGUCCGUCCAGGGCUGGGAGGGGCCGAGAGCUGACGCCCCCGUGGAGACGCCUGUAGCUCAGGGUGGGGCUCCGGACACCCCCCUUUUGGCCCCCCCCCCCGGUCCCUCGGCACGAGGGUGAAGCUGGAGCCCCCGGAGCCAUGGCUGGGCAGUGGGGUGCGUAAUGGGGGCAAGGAUCCGGCACCCCCUGCACAAGACCCCUCGGGGUAGAGCCCAAGGGCAGCACUGGGGGGGUGAGAGACCCAGACCUUGCCCCCCCCCUCGCUGGGCCCCCACGUCUGUUCUUGGCCACGUCGCUGCAUCUCAGCCAUGCGGUGCCAGCGCAGAUACUGUACGAUAAACCAACCUGUAUGAAA